AUGCCAAGGCCUAGUACCGAGAGCCCGGCAAAAGGAACGUCCCACGGACCUUCUCUCAAUCAGACAGUCCUCACCUUUUCGCCUCAGCUCACCUCAGCAAGCAAAGCCUUCACUUCCGCUUCGCAAAGGAAGCUGAGAGUUUUGAAGGGGGGAGGAUUGCCGUUGGCGUCUGGUUGCCGUGGAAACUCGGGAGGCGGGGCUAAAGCGCCUUUGCCAUGGUUACUGCCCUCCAAACUUUCUGCCCCUGCUGAGAUCGAAUACCCUUGCCACAGACUUCAGAUGGCCUCUGAAGAUCAAAACGAUGAUAAACUGGGUCCCCCAGACCUUACAAUGGCUUCUUUCCAAUGGGGAACAGUUCUGGCUGCAGUGAAAGACCACAUCCCAUCCAUGGACUCUGACAUCUCAAAGUCUGAUAGUGAUGAAGAUGGGGAGCUUUUCAUCUUCCAGCGAGAUCUAUCCAGUCUGAUUCCUGACUUGACUGAGGAACUGGAAGACUUUUCUCUGGAUGAAACUGCAUUGCAGAAUCCGUUUGCAGUCAUGAGACAACCACAAGAGCUCUGGAAUGAAGAUUUGGAUAGCUCAUCUUUUCAGGAAAAACAGAAUGCAAUUCAGAUUGGAUCAAGGGGACAUGCCACGCUUGAUGGAGAUGGCUUUGUCCUGGGGAUUGGAGAUCCACCAAGCGAACAAGGCAUGAUGUCAUCUGAGUUCCAUCCACGUAAGCACGAAUUGGAUCCAGUGAUCAAGAAAGGCGAGGAGAUUUGGGGUCAUGCACCACGAUCCGCAGAAGGAUCGCCUUUUUUCAGUGACAGAGAGAAACAAAGGGAAAUUACCAGCAAAAAGGAACAAAGGACAUUAGUAGAGACAAAAAGUGGGCAGCGAGCUGUUUCAGCCAAGAACCCUCAAGAGCUGACAUUUCCCUUUGAGGACACUGAGCAGUGGGAUCUAGACAAGGUUCUGCAAGACCUGGAGGUGCAAAACGAGACUCAAAGGAGUCAGACAGCGCAGAAAGCAGCAUUCCCUUCAGGGGACCACGAAACGCACCAGGCUGCGUAUCAAGUGAAGCUCAUGGGAAAGCUGAAAGAGCUGUGUCUGAAGCAGUCGAGGGCGUUUUUCGUGCACCGAAGGCUGCGGCUGGCCAAGUUCCCCCAUUUUGAUGAGGGUCAGGGAGACGGGAGAGAUAUUCCUAUGUUGGCACCAUUGACAAAUGGUCAAAGCUCCACUCCAAUGAAAUUACAAUAUGCUCCAGAACCACCCACUGUAUAUAUUGAUUUAAGGAACGCAAGAUUACAGAAGUGUGAGUUAUUGGCUGAAGAAACAGAAAGCUUGAGCGACAGCUCCACAGAUAGUGAAGAAGAUUCAAGAGCAACGUACCAAGGAAAGACGAAAGACAGAACAGAAGAGUUUUCUCAAUUGUCACGUAGCGAUUGCACCGGGAAGUGUUUUUUGCUACAACAGCUACGCACCGUCCGCCGAAGAAUGUCUCAGGUUCCCAUGAAGGGCUCUGAAAUGAUCCCCCAAGACAAAAGGAGGAGGCAGGAUCUCAAAACGGCAGAAGAAACUGGUCUGCCAAAAGUCGAGGAAAGACGUUCUUUGAAACUGCGGGGGUUGACCUCACUGGGCUCAGGACAUCCAGAAUCUAUUGCCCAGAGCUUCCCUUUCUUUGGUCAUGUUAACAGCAAGACCAGCUCCUUGAGAGAUCGCAAGAAAGAACACGGGGAGCGGCCCCACCCUGAGAGAACGCUUGCACCUUUAGAAGACAAAGGCACCAACUUCUCAAGGGCAAAAGAAAGCCAGAAAGAAAAGCAGGCCCAGGAGAAGCAGAGGCGGCACAGACUCUGUGAUCUGCUGGAGAGGUCGAAGCCGCAACUCUCCGUCACCGGGAAGCAGCCCAUGGCCGAGCAGACGCCUGUCUUGUUUCACACGGAAUCCUCCUUCCUCGCGCCAGUCUGCCCGCUGCCUUUCGCCAAAGGCUCGAAAAGCAAAUGGCUUUGUAUGACAAUUGGGUUGUCCAGCUGCGGACGGGUUUCCCCACAUCACCCCCAGAGCUGCUCCUUCCCAGAAAUUUCCUCGCCAGCUGCCAACAUCUACCCUGCGGUUGUAACCUGGCUGCUCUUCCUGGUAUCCUGUUUGAGAAGUAAAGGAGAAAGCAAAGCUCCGUUCCGCGUGUUGGGACUACAGCAAGCCUGGCAUAAGGGCUGCCUGGCUCUGCAGGCUCGUUUAACCCCAGUCUGUCAGUCAGAUAGACAGAGCUCGGCCAGACUUCAGGAACACAACCCUGCGGAGGAAUCCCUUCAGGAAACAUCUCUGCUGUAUCAGCAGACUUCCAUGUUUCUCUCUCAGACGUCUCUCUGGGAUGUUAUUUGGUGGAAGGAAGAGCUGGCCCGUUGCCUGCAGGAUCAGCCGUAUCCCUUCCUCCCUGAGAUUCCUGACAUCCGGCUGAGUGACAUUGCUGCUGUUGACUCUGAUCCUCAGGUGGUGGAGGAAGCCUGUGCGGUGCCAGCUGGGUUUUAUUGGCAGACGGUGGAGACGGAUGAAAAAUAUUUCCCUGGCAGCAGUGACAUGGGAGAGAGUGAUGAUGCAGAUGCUGAGGUUGCUAUGGCGCUGCUGUUUGAAACCCUGCUCCGAAACCCCAUGGCAGUCCACCACACGUUCCAGUUGAUUUUGGCCUCUGGCUUGGAUAUCUGCGGACUCCGCCUGCUCUAUGCCCCCUACGACAUAUUGCUGUCUAGCGCAGUCACACUGCCGCCUUCUUACAUGCCAGAGAAAGAGCUUCCCGUGCUGGGUCUGAGCCUGAGAGGGCCCAACGCCCGCGCCGUCCUGCAAAACAUCAUGGGUCCUUCUGAUCCCCGGCUGGCCAGUGUGACCGACAGCCACUCUAUCAACGCCGCCUACUGCACAAGCCGAGCCCAGCCCCUCGCCUACCUGCCUCACACAGACAGCCGAGUGCAUCGAGAGCUAUGUGUCUGGUUCGGAGGGCGAGCAUGCUGCGAAGAGAGGCUUCGCAGCGGGGCCUGUCCUCCUGCCUGCAAACGCAGCAAACCAAGACCCUCCGACCUUCAAGAAGAUACCGGCCAAGAAACAAGCAACUUAGAAGACGUGGUGCCGUGCACAGCUCCAGCAACCCUCGUCGCCACCACCAAAGGUGACAUUAUUUUGGUGACAUCACCUGCAGUGCCCCCUUGCACCUACGGCAGGGUGAUUUCCACCUGCACCCAGAGGGGGUUUGUUCUGCAGGGAGUCAAGCAACUACGACUGUCGCCCAAGCAAGCAUUCUCGCUCGGCAUGCCAGCAAACCAGGUAGCUGCGUUUUGCCCUGGUGAGGCUUCCGGUCCACUUGAUGGGAGCUGCUCAGGGGACAGCUGUCCGGACCAAUCCCAGAGGCACUGCCUAGCUUUGCUGUUGAGGAAAGAGAAUGCCUACCAUCACGUCCCUUCUCUGCUGAAAGGGUUGAUGAACGGACUGGCUGAGGAAGGCUUCUUGGCGAAACGACAGAGCAGCUCAUCGCCCGGCGUUGGACCAGAACCCGGCCUGAGUUUCCACGCAGCUCCUUAUACUGACAGCUUGCUGCAAGCUCUGGGUGGCAGUUUUUGCGCAGUGCCCGACCCCUGUCCCAUCCCCCUGGAUAUCUUACACUCGAGGAGAUACGCCUCUGAUCCUGACAUGGAACAAAUCGUCCUGUUGACCCUGUCUGGGAAAGAAGCCAUGAAGACUGCAGGCGAAUUCCUUCAUCAUAUCCUUGCUGUUGGCCACAAGAAGGAAUUGCAAGCCCCGGCCGACUCCCAAAUUAGAGAUUGCGCAGUCUUGGAUGGCCAUGACCAAGAAUUUGAGCUCCUCGCCCUGAAGUGGCUGCCUUGCCUCACUCGGACGCAAGCCAAGGAAACGACGCCUUUCGAAGUGGGCGACAAGCUCUGGCACCCGAGCAUCAAUACGCUUGUGUCGAGUCCGGCACUCAUCUGCGCGCUCCGGGGGAUCGGUGCCUUUGCAGGCCUUGCCGAGAUCCUGAAAACUCAAACCUCACCCUACAGCAAGCCAAGGGCAAACACCAGUGAUCUCUGCAGAGUGAUGUCAUCAACCCCUGAGAUGGCCUACCGGCAGGCAAUCCUAUUCUUCACCAGGAAAGAUUUCAUAGGCGAUGCCAACCACCGUCUCGCCCUGAGGUAUUUGCCGCCUCCUGUCAGGUGCCCCCAAUCCAAAGGGGGUGAGAUUCAGACAAGCAGCGCCGAGUCACUCUUCCACUUCAUGCAAGCUGGUGCCGAGGUCUUCUGCACCGUGCUGUUGAUCAAACCCGGCAUGUGGGCCCGCAAUCUAGCUCGAAUCCUUCGGAAACUGGAUCAAGAGAGAUUCCGCCUGGUUGGAAUGAGGCAUCUCAACUUGAGCCCCGAGCAGGCCGAAGCACUCCAUUCAUCUGAAGACGAGGAGAGCCUGCAGGCCCAUUCUGCCCACCUAACCUCUGGUUCCUCCUUGGUGCUGUGCCUUCAGCGGGAGAAUGCCGUGAAGAAGCUUCUCGACCUCCUUGGGCCAGAAGACCCGAAGCAGAAGCCUUGGUGAUAGAGCCCCGUUCUUUGGAGAGACCGUGAAAUCGGCCUCAAACAGUCCAGAACGGGCUUUACGGCUCCGUAUCUUAUUGUGCUGCUGUCCGGGACAUUCGGCUGUUCUUUCCCGAAGGGCUGUGUGGGGCUGACAGCCCACCUUUAGAGGAAGAAGAG